AUGUCAUACACAUUUCAAUAUUCCAAAUUAGGAAUCGUUUACAAUGUUGUGCUAAGUAGCUUAAUGAUAGUUUCGAACUAUAUGUCUAUACCAGACGUACUUAAUGAUGACUACUAUGCGAAGACGAAAUUGACUGUAAGCAUCGAGCUUCUGCAAACUGUACUUGGUGCCCUGGUGACCUGCGCGAUUUUCAUUAGCUACUGCAUUGAUCAGAAGUUCUUGGUGCGGAUCGCCAAUCGAUUAAUCAUCAUCGAGCAAGAGAUAGAUCGUCUGUAUUAUCCGCUACGACGACAGCAUAUCUUCUACAUUACAAUCAUCGUUUGCAUUUUGAAGAUUUGUCUACUGAUACUUCUUCUGUUUACUGAGAACCUGGCCUUCCAUACGGGCCCAGUCUCAUGGUUGACAGAUGUUCUGCCAACAUUUUACGUGGGUUGGCUACUGAUACAGUACUUCCUGUUGGUGAUGGUCAUUCAGACAGAUUUUGCUGAUGUAAAUCGAGCGAUACAAAGUCUCACCAAGAUCAAUGCACCUGAUCUUCGACUGCAGUCUCUCUAUCAAACGCGUCGUAUUGUAGUCAACAAUUCAACCGUUCAUCAACUGUUGCAACUGCGAGAUGUGCAUUGUCAUCUCUGUGAAAUAUCUGAGGAUGUGUCAAGUUUCUAUUCACUACCAGUACUAUUCGCCAUAAUUUUUUUCUUUUUGAUGCUCAUUGAAACAACAGGCAAUAUAGUGCAUGAUUUUUUGAACUGUGCAAUCGGGAAAGAGACAAAAGCAGAGCUCAAGAAAUUUUCGCUUCAAUUACUACAUCGCAAAAUACAGUUUACAGCUAACGGAUAUUUUACGCUCGAUAACACUUUUCUUCAUUCGCUGAUUGGCACAGUGGUGACAUAUUUGAUAAUACUUGUGCAAUUUCAAAUGGCAAGUUUUUCAUCAGAUAAACAGUAUUGUAACUCUACAGGGAGAGAUUUAAAAUAA